UCAUCACGUGGUCACUGUGUGUUUUGAUCUGAGAAUUACAGGAGGUUAGGAUUUAAAAAAAGAGUAUUUACUGUUUUGGCGACGGAAUCGGGAAAAUUCAAGAGUCCUAUAUGACGCCAACUCCUUUCCAGGUUAGCUAGACCAUCAGGCUGCACCCUUCACCCAGGUCAGAAGAUGUGCACCUAAGAAGAUGAAGUUGUGCUUUUCCAACAUCUUCAGACUCCAGGCUACUGAAAUCCUGAACUGUUUGUGUUGGGAUAAUGGAAACGGAGAUCAGUCAUUUAAUUAAAUCUUCAGGUGAUGAUUCCUGUCACUCAGGUCAAUCUGUUCACUCAUCAAGCCCUUUGUUGAAAAAGGCUUCACCUUUAAAACAUGUUACACCAAUCAUUAAAAAGUAUGAUUGUCAGCGGCAAGCCAAAAAUGGAAAGUCGCUUAAGCUAAAACCCCAAGGAAAAAUUAUGGAAGAGGGUCUUGGGGUUCAGCCCUCUAAGCCUGUUCAAAAUUUGGCUGCUGGUAUGGACUCACUGGAUGCUGCCCUUCGUAAUGCUGAAAAAUAUCUCGGAAAACAAGAAGGCCCUUCUGACUAUUCAUUAGACCCUGGAUUGGAGCAUAAUGGCGAUGACCUUGGUGAUGCUGAAGAAGAAGGUACGUCCUCUUCUACUGUUGCUAGUCAACAAAAUGCCACCAUUAACAGACCAGUUCACCUCAGGAAUCGUAAUCGAGUUCUGAAAAAACGAAAUCAGCUUCAAAAAGAUUUAGAACAUGCUCUUCCUUUAGCUACUUCUGAUGAACACUUAGUAUCUGAAGAGAAAAGUAAAGUUCUUUCUCAAUCAUAUUUUCUUAAAGUCAGGGAUAGAUAUGAAAAUCAGAAUCCAGCUGUGUUUUCAAAAUUUGUUGAAUUGAUGAAUGAUUUUGGGAAAAGAUUGUACAGUAUAUCUGACUUUUAUCAUCAAGUAAUUAAUCUACUUGAAGACAGUCCAGAUCUCUGUGAAGAAUUUCUUUUAUUUCUGCAUCCUGAUCAAGCUUUACAAUGUGGCAAGUUCAUGGAACAUUUGGCACUCACAGAAAUGAAAUCUUUUUUAAACAAGCUAGAGGUGUGUUUUUCCAAACAACCCCAACAUCUGAAGAAAAUUUUUGCAAGUUGGACUCGCCUGGCUGAAAAUCCUAAUUUGACCUUGGAAAUGGUGCGAAACACUAUUCUUCCUCUACUUCGCAACAAUACUUUCCUAUCAGAUUCAUUUCUGGAAUUGUUACCUACAGGUCGUCCACCUGAGAGUAAAAUGACUGAUUUUGCUCAGUUGAAUUGUGAUGAUGUGGACAGCGAACAUUCUGGAGAGGAGGAUGUUUAUGAGUUUUUGGAUAUUCCUGAAGAUAAUGAUGAUCGAUAUGGUGGAGAAAAUUGUCAAUGCUGUUGUCACAGCUCAGAGGAUACUUCCUACUCCAACCGCAGUAAACAUUGUGACCCAUGUGGCAUCAAGUUCAUAGCAGGAAAGGUUUUUAUGCAAAGAGAGCAUGGACUACGUCCGGUAAAAAUAGAAUUCAGGAAUGGAAGCACAACCAGUAAUAUGAAAAGACUAAAUGACCACAAGCAGUUAUCCCGGCCUCGUUCUCGACGUGGACGAACAAGCACAACACAGGUAUCUAUCAAACAAGAAGAAUGCAAACAUAGUGUUGAAACUGACGACGAAUUUCCUAUUAAGAGUAAGUCACCAAGACAAAGGCCAAAAAUUUCCAAGUCAAUGCGUGAGAAGCCAGCAUCUGCCCGAUGCCUUUCAUUGAAUCGGAAACCAUCAGGUGGAAAAUUGAGCCCGUCAUCACUGACUGUGAUUCAUGAUCAAGAUGCAGUGGCUGCCCCAUGUGGAGAUGAAAAUCAACCAAAACUUGAUUUGUCUACUUUGCAAACUGACCAACCAAGGAACAAAGACCAUUGCCAUUUAGGAGAAAGUGAAUCAAAUGUUGAUAUUGAAAUCCACCAUGAUAACCACUUACUGUCAGAUAAAGAAUGUGAAGAAGAACAAGUCAAAGAGGAGUGUCAUCAAGGUAAUUCAUAUCAAGAAAUUCAGAAUGCAGAAUGCAUGGUUUCUGAUACAGAUACCAAAGAUGAUGAAAUAGAUGUACAAGAUGAAGAUAAAUCAGCGGAAUAUAUUUCAAUGGAUGAAAAAGAUGAGGACUAUGAGGAAGAAGAAGCUUGUGUGGAUAAUUCUGGUACUAGCUCAGAUUGUGAUAUGGAAUAUUCUAGUGAAGAUAACGAGGCGGCAUCCUGGACAAGAGAAGAGGACCGAAUAAUCUUAUGUACUUUCCAGUCAGAACCUGACAAGGAAAAAACUCUUACCAUAAUCAAUGCUCAGCUUCCCCACAGAACUCGUAAUGAGAUUAAUAGAAGAUUUCAACUUCUGAUAAAUCUCAUACAGAAGAUGGGAUGAGAACUUUAUGCUUGUAUGAAAUGUUACCAUGGUUCUAGCCAAUGUUAAUUAUUUUUCCAAAGAAACAAAGUUUUAAAAGUUUUAAAAGCUCAAUUGUAAAAAUUUACGUGUUUCAAAAUAAGUUCUUUGUUUUUAUUAAUUUUAUGAUCUGACUUUAUUUUUAAGGAUCCAGUACAAAUCCAUUCUGAAAUAGAAUCAAGUAAUUUCAAUAAAUGUUACAAAAUACUUUA